GUGCGUACCAUUAAUCAUUUCAUGUAUAAAAUUUGUUGCGUUACAUUUCAUUUGUAUUUGUCGAGGAUUAUUUCUCAGUUGCAUGAAAUGACAACACCACCGCUAACGCCGAGGAUAACGCCUACAACGAUCUCACCGCUCGGAAGCCCGACUUCCAAAAAAGCGUCUGCGUCUGCGUCGCGGCCGGCGAUUACGCUAGAGCAGCCGUCGGGGAAGAACAAAUCCAGCGGCGGCUCUAAAUCGACAAAGCUCCUCCGCCGCGUCAGGUCAGUUUUCCGGUCACUUCCGAUCAUAACGCCGAUGUGUAAAUUCCCCGUCGGCGGAGGAACGCGUCUCCACGAGAACCACGUUCACGGCGGUACCCGCGUUACGGGAACGCUGUUUGGGUACCGGAAAACGCGUGUUAACAUCGCGAUUCAGGAGAACCCGCGUUCGCUGCCGAUUCUGCUGCUGGAACUAUCGAUCCCGACGGGGAAAUUGCUACAGGAUCUGGGGGUGGGUCUGGUGAGAAUCGCGUUGGAGUGCGAGAAAAAACCCAGCGCGAAGAUCAAAAUCAUCGACGAACCCAUUUGGACACUGUACUGCAAUGGUCGGAAAUCAGGUUACGGCGUGAAGAGACAGUCCACGGACGAGGAUCUGUUGGUGAUGCAGAUGCUCCACGCGGGGUCGAUGGGCGCCGGAGUUUUGCCGGUGAACAGCUGCGUCGGAGGUGCGGCGGAGCAGGGUGGCGGAGCGGCGGCGGCGGAGGGAGAUCUGACGUACAUGAGGGCACCUUUCGAGAGGGUGAUUGGGUCGAGAGAUUCAGAGACGUAUUACAUGAUGAACCCUGACGGGAAUGGUGGGCCUGAGCUCAGCAUCUUCUUCGUUCGGAUUUAGAUACAAUUUUUUAUAAUAAAAAAAAAAUAAGCUUUUGAUUUCGUAAUUAAUCUGAAAUUUAUUAUGUAAACCUGAAUAUUUAUAAGUAUGCGAAUGUUUUGGGGGUUGGGGCCUUAGCAUAUA